GGGGCCUCUUUUGAUAGGAUCGAAGUCCCUCUCCUUCCGUCCCAGCGGAACUUAUGCUUUCGAGCUACCAAACUGAAGCUGCGGGAUCGUUUCACGUCAAGACUACCCGCACCUCCUUCAGCUUAUUGAACUUCGAAGCGAACAAGACCUUCCCCGGAGCCGCGAGAUCCUUGUGCGUGCACGGGAAGCGGUAGACCUUGUUUCUGUCUAGCCAAUAGACAUACAGCGUUCACCCACAGUACGCCGGGUGCCUAUAUUGCUCGCCGGGCCGCCGUUUCAGAAGCAUUUCAUCCUGGAGAGCAUAGUAUCCUUCUGACUCGCUCGCGUACCCCUCAACGUUGGCUUGAUGUCGCCACGUUCUUACCUGCGGGAGGGUAACGGGCCGCGAGUCGUCGAUACUGGUAUUGGCCACGAGGAAGGGCGCCGUGACAGCAAAGCCGCUUUACGGGGAGAUGAACGAUCGGACCACCGAUCUAAAAGCGACUCAAGUCGACGAUUGACGAAGAAAGAUACUGCUCAUCGGCGGAAGCAAUCGGCGUCUCAAGUGCCCACGGGUCGUCUGGAGCAGCCUUUCUUCGAGCUCGAUGUCAUCGGUCAGCCGCCUCAGUCCGUGGUUCUCGGCAUGCCGGUAGACACCACAGUCUUAGUCACCCUACGCUUCCCCAAUGCGGACAGACACAUAAGCGCCGCCAGUAUAGACACUUCAGCCUUCUUCGCUGCGACUUCUCUAAUCACAGACAAUCGCAGCGGCGAGCGAGUACCGCUGGAAUCCGGUAUAUUGAGCGGCCAAAAAUUGUUCGACUCGAUCCAUCCGAUCCCAGAAGCUUGCCCGGACCGCUUCGCGAACGAUCAGCCAUGCUCACUGGUCUUGGGCUACUUCUCCUUUACAAGUCUGCUGAUCCGCCAACCGGGCACCUAUCGCAUCCGCAUAUCACUCAUUGAGAUGAGCCAGACCGGAAGGGGUGGAGCGACAAACAUCGUCACCAUUGACAGUGACAACAUCAGAGUCGAGCGAAGGUCGACCGCGAUGACGCGUCGGCAACAGCGUGCUUGCAACUAAUAGUUGGUCCUCAACCUGACCCCCAGUCUGGAAGGCUGCGGGCGGUCAGGCCCGGCGUUUGUGGUGAGCUAUUCGUAAUGCAUCCGGUGGUGUUAUCGCUCGGUAGGUCUGUCGCUGCGAGUGAUGGCAGCAGCGGAUAUAACUUACCUUGAUCGUCGAGGACGCUGCAGCCCACCUGCUUGUGACAUAGCUCACAAGCUGGCGGCUCUGUACAUGGAAGCAUGAGUAAAGUGCUGGGUGCAUACAUUCACGAAGAACAAGUGAACGCACUCUGGCCAUUGGACUCUGGCGAUUCAGCCACCGUCCCAUAGGUCGAUAGCCCAUCUCAGCGUAUAAAAGCUAUCACCUAGCAUCACCAACGUACUGACUUCGCUUUGCCAUUCGGGCGGGGUGUGUAGUUGGCACCUUCACGCAAAUAGAUUCCUGGUUAUUGAGUGUACCCAACUCUAUCCAUCCGCAGAUGGCCUCGGCUGC